AUGGCCAGUGCUACAAAAAUCCAAUUGGUGAUGGACAUCAUCGACGGCGCGUUAUACGACAAAUCCAAACCGUGGGACGCUACAUUUGGACGGGUGGAAGCUCUAACCGGCCUACCCAGGUUCAAGGUGCUGAUGUGCGUCGUCCUGCUGACUUCUGUGCUGCUCGUGUACGGGUCCAGCGCGGAAGUUGUCAGCAACGCGAUUGGGCUCGUUUACCCAGCGGUGGCGACGAUAUCGCUGACCGUCUCGCCCCCGAUGUGGCGAAAGUACGACCGCGUGUCCGCUGCCACCGAGGCUCUGAACGAGAAGUUCACGUACUGGAUGACGUUUACGGCGAUCCUGAUCCUGGAGUCGCUCUGCCGGCCGGUCCUGCGGCUCUUACCGCUGUACCAGAUGUGCAGGACGUGGUUUUUCAUCUGGUGUUUCGCGCCCAUCCGAGACAACGGCUCUGCGUACAUAUAUGACGCAAUCAUACGUCCGCGGUUCGAGCUCAGUGUUGAUUCAGACUGA